AUUAGUCCUCAGCUAUGGAGGUACCUAAAGUUGCAAGUGCGUGGAAACAAGGGAAUGAAAGAGACAGAGAAAGAGGGAAGAGAAAUGAAUAAAGAAAGAGAGAAUCAUAAAAAUAAUUAUCCAUUCAUGUACAUGUAUAGUGCUUUCCUAUGUUUAGAUAAUCAUUACAUAGAAACCCAAAUUACAUAAGCCAUUAGGGAUGCUUUGAGCCUAAGAGAUUGAAAGAACAAACUGAUAUUUUCAGAAACUUCAAGGAGGGUUCUCAUUUGCUGCUAACAAAAAGCUAAAAUGCUUUCUAAAGGAAGACUCAGCAAUGAGUCAUGUUCCAUCCAUGAUAAAGAUUGACCUACUGGUGGGGGGCAAAGAGCAUGUGGAGCUGAAAAUGACUUGUCCCUGCAAAGUUUUUGAAAAUAUGGCCCCAAUGAAGAGAGCAUAGUGGUGAGAACAAGAAAUUGUUCCAAGGAAGCUUCUGGCCAGAUUCGAUAGUGCUGGACACUACAAGAGAAGAGAGCCCCCUCUUUUGCCUUUUUCUGCUUGUUAAUUUCCAUUUUCACGUCUGCAGGAUGAUGUUACCAAAAUAGCCUUUAUCUCUUUGUGAAGCACCACAACCACUUCAUUUCUCAAGUCAGAUGUGGCCUUAAUUAUAACCUCAUUAUGAGGAAGAAAAAGAGCCCCAUGACAAAGCAUUGGUGGCUGAGGUCGCUUACUUUGGGUAUCGGUAAACAACUUCUACCACAAAUUUCUUACAAAUUGACGUGAUAGUACAUGUAACACUUACCAUGUCAACCAGUGAAAUGCUGCGUCAGUCAACGGACAAUGUAAGACAUAAGACAGGAGCAUUGAGAGUAUCUACUCCUUUCACACAAGCCAUAGGGUACAAGACAAAGGCGACCAUUGUAAUUCUUGGAAGCCAGGUUCAAACGAGUAGAUGACUUGUCACGUUAAGCCCGAUAAGACAACCUGUCUAUAUUCCACUAUCAAGAAAACCAUUUCUUUCCUCAUUUCUGCAGCAACAAAUUAACUCUCAGACAGAAAGAGCACAUACGGGUAACCAAUAAGAAUUUAAAGGAGCCAUCGUUGGAGCAAAUAAAAUAAGGGUGGAGAAGAAAAAGAGGGGAAAAAGAAUGCACUCAUCAAGCUUUCGAGAGGUCCGCUUUAAUGGCUGCUGUCCAAUUCCUAUUCUUUCCCUUCUUGAGUCACAAAAUCCCAGCAUUCCCAGUUCUACUACCAACAUCUCCGCAGCAAGGCACAACUUUGCAGUAGCCACAGCUUCUUCACUCAACCAAAACACCCGAUUCACAAACCAUGAGGCCCUCCCUUCUUUGGAUGAAUCAUUUUAUAACUUCACCAAAGCAUACCCAAAAUACCAUCAGACUGAUCAGGCUGAUCGAAUCCGAGCCCAAGAAUAUUCCCACAUCACCCACAACAACCAUGUCUGUCUCGAUUACAAUAUUGGCCAUGGUCUCUUCUCACAUGCUCAGCAUCAGCAGAAGAGUCACUCUCCAAAAGCUGUAGUUGCUUCUUCGUCAUCGUCUCCUCCGUCGCUGCAUUUCCCUGAGCCGACCUUCUUUGAUAUAUCCUACAAGUCGGUGAACUUGGUAUCCCAGAUACAGUAUGGUAACCAAGAAUCGGAACUGGAGUCAAAGCUCCGAAUAAGAAUCAUGGCCUUCAUGAAUAUCUCUCCAGUUGAUUACACCAUGGUAUUCACUGCUAAUCAGUCAUCUGCUUUGAAACUUCUGGCAGACUGUUAUCCAUUUCAGUCUAAUCAAAAUCUUCUUACGGUUUAUGAUUAUGAGAGUGAAGCAGUGGAAAUGAUGACUCAAAGUUCCAAAAAAGGAGCACGAGUCAUGUCAGCUGAGUUUUCAUGGCCCAAUCUGAGUCUCCAAUCUGGAAAAUUAAGAAAGAUGAUAGUGAGUAGAGGGAAGAAAACGAAUAGGGGACUGUUCGUUUUUCCCCUUCAGUCAAGAGUGACUGGAUCCUCCUAUUCAUAUCAGUGGAUGAGCAUGGCACAGGGGAAUGGAUGGCAUGUCUUGCUUGAUGCAUGUGCAUUGGGGCCAAAGGAUAUGGACACCUUAGGCCUCUCUAUUUUUAAGCCUGACUUCCUCACUUGCUCUUUUUACAAAGUUUUUGGGGAAAAUCCAUCUGGGUUUGGAUGCUUGUUUGUCAAGAAAUCCAGUGCUUCAAUCUUAAAGGAUUCAACCAAUGCUACAAGCAUAGGUAUUGUGAGCCUGGUUCCAUCAUCAAGAACGUUUCAAUUCCCUGAAGAGCAAGCAAAUACUGAUACGGAAAUUGAACAAAAAGCAAAGUUCGAACUGUCGAAAGAUGAUUUAGAUGUGCCUGUGCAGCACUCAUUCUCCGGCCCAUUAUCUGUUGAGCAGAAAAGUGGUGAAACUUCUAAGUCACAUGAAAUUGAAGAAGUCCCUGUAAUGCGAAAGGUACUAUCAUUCUCUGAAGUCAUUGAACUAAAGACACCCUUUGAAUCUGCUCGAUCCAAAUACUCAGAAGGCAGUGUAAAUUGGAGCUCAGAGAUUGAAUGCAGAGGCUUGGAUCAUGCAGAUUCAUUGGGCCUGAUACUAAUUAGUAGCAGAGCUAGAUACUUGAUCAAUUGGUUAGUAAAUGCAUUGUUGAGUCUCCAACAUCCACAUACAGAAAAUGGGCAGCCUCUGCGUCUGGUAAGAAUCUAUGGACCAAAGAUUAAGUUUAAUCGAGGACCUGCCGUGGCAUUCAAUGUGUUUGACUGGAAAGGAGAAAAGAUUGACCCCACCCUUGUACAGAAGCUCGCUGACCGGAAAAAUAUAUCAUUAAGCCAUGGGUUUUUGCAUCACAUCUGGUUCUCAGACAAGUAUGAAGAAGAGAGGGAGAAAAUAUUAGAGACAACAAGAACUGAAGUUGAAGGAAUUGUCUUAGGCAAGAAGAGAGAUAAACAUCAUUUUCAGAUACCAGUGGUCACAGCAGCACUAGGGUUCUUGACAAACUUCGAAGACACAUACAGGCUUUGGGCAUUUGUUUCCCAGUUCUUGGAUGCUGACUUUGUGGAAAAAGAGAGAUGGAGAUACACAGCUCUUAAUCAAAAGACAGUUGAAGUAUGAACUAUAAACUUAUUCUUUCAUUCUUUCACAUUGUGAAGAUCAAUUAUUUAUUGUGUAUUGUCA